AUGCCGAGCAUCGACGACAUGGCGGCAUCCAGCAAGCGAUGCACGUUGGACUAUGCUGGCGGUGGCAUCGAGUUGGAAAAGCACAUCUCGCCCACGAGCUUUGCCAUCGACACAAGCCACAUCAUACCUGAGCACAUCUUGGGUUUUGAUCGUGCCUAUCGUAUCCUCCGGUGCGAGCCUCUCUCUUCUCUCUCUCUCACUCUCUCUCGCUCUCUCUCUCUCUCUCUCCCUCCCUCUCCCUCCCUCUCUCUCCCCCUCUCUCCCUCUCCCUCCCUCUCUCUCCCUCUCUUUGACCUGCUCUAUCGUCUCACGUCCCUCAAAAUUCAAGACAGUGAUGUGCAAUGGUCAAGGCUUGAAGCCGUUUUUUUGCUCUUGAAGAGCGACCUGGCGACCAAUCCCACGCGGGACCUUGGAAAAGUCUUCACCACAUUGAAGGCGGUCUUGCAGCGCUGCUCGGAAGAACUCGUUGAGGGUGCUCUCGAGCAUCUGGCUGAGCUAUUACCCCUGGUGCAAAAGGACUUUGUUUCGAGCACACUCUUCGCAUUUGCCGUCGUACAAUCCCGAGCUGUCGAGUCUGCAUUACGUGAUGCCUAUCGCGAAUUUAUCGUUGCCUGCGUGCCUCAUCUCAAUACGGAGGCAAGCAGCAAGAAAGCUAUUGCCCUUGCCACGGAAAAUGCCUGGUUGACCAAUUUUGUCGAGGAUCGCGUCUUUGCUGCCAAACUUUUUGCAGCGUUGUCGCUCAAAUUCCACCUCGACGAGACGGCCAUGGAUGUGAUUCGAGGCUUGCUUGGAGACGAGGCCCCCAUCGUGCGUGUUGCAGCCCUGAAAGCCAUGGCCAACAGCAUUGAGCAUGAUCUUGACCUUUUGACCGAGCAAUCAAUCCUAGACGCUCGCCUCAUAGCCCUUUUGGACCGGAUUCGGGAUGUACAUCCUCUGGUACGGGCAACAGCUGUAAAAACAUAUGCGGUUCUUUUGGAUACGCUGCCUGAAACAAUUUGGGCUUUCACGCCUGAACGACUUCUUGGCUACUACACGCGUCCUGUCGAGAACGCUGUGCGUGAGACAAACGCCUACCUCGCUUUGCUGAUCAGUCUCAAUGCCUCCGUCGCCCCGUGCUCAUUUGGCUUCCUUCUGCCCCCGUCCUAUUAUGAAUCCACAGCCAACGUUGCCUCGGCGGAUCGGAAAAAGGUGUUAGAAGUCUUUGCAAAACUAGCACAGCACGGCAGCCAUGCAUCGGACACGGCAUACUGGGCCGCACAUAACUUUCCUGCCAUGCUGUCUGCUUGCAUCAUUGACAUGCGAGCUAGCCGUCAACCGGCCCAUCACCCACUCCUACAAUGCUUUCGAAGUCUGGUCAACUCCAACAAUGUGGCUGUACGCCGGAAAAUGGCUGCUUCUUUACCAGAAGUCAUUAAUAUGCUCAGGCCAUCCCUUCUUAACACAUCUAGUGUAUUAGAAUGUAUCUGCCGUCUUAUUGAUGAUGUCGACCUCGACAUGCUGUCCUACGCCUCAUGCAUCCCUGACAUUGGGGCACGAUUGCUCUUUGGGGCUACACUCAUCAACGUGGGCCUGAUUUGCCUGUGCAGGGUGUUGUCGCCCAUUGCCCAGAAUUUUGAUCGCAUCGUCCAAUCCUUCGCCUGGAAACACUCCUCUCGGCCGGCAAGCUCGGAUUCCAACCAUGCUCAUUCGGCAGCUAUCAAUGCCCAUCACACGGUGGAAAUGCCCAUUGAGUUUCUCGUGUCCGUGAGCAAGAGCCUAGCUCGCAUGCUACCUGCAUGGCGCACGCUCAAGCGCAUGGCUGAGCACUGCGAGCGCCAGCGUCAGCACUCCACUGCAUGGCUUCGUCAUCAUCUGGCGGAGCAUGAAUGCUGCUAUCAGCGCAUGCUCUUUGUCAACGUGGCCAUGGAGGCAACACGACACUUUAGCAUUGCUUUUUUCAAACAGCACUUUGUAGGCUCUUUGCUGUCCCUGGCAUUGGAUCCCGUGUUGAAUGUGCGUCGAUCUGCCAUCCCACGGCUGCUGACCAUCAAAAAACGACUUCGCCUGCCGCUGGACCGCGAGCUUGUUAAGCGGCUUGACACCGUGGCCGAGAACCUCCUUGACUGCCCGCCUAUCACCAAGCAUCCCAAGGCUUGGAGCGCAUAUGCCCUGCCCUUUCAAGCUGAGCUUGAUGCCUUUCAGGUCCCGAUCUCUUGGGAUGUGGACCAGCUGGUUGAUGAUGUGGCCGAAGAGAAUGCACGGGAGCAAGAUGAAGAAAGUGUAGCGCUGACUCAUGAAUCUCCGAUUCCCGUGCACUCUGCGCGGCGACCGAAGAAAUCAUCCGUCCCCAACAAUGGCAACCGGCGGAGCUCUCUCAACCCCAUGGGUCAGGGCCGCGGAGAAGAGCGCAUGCAUCGAUCUUCACAAUCGUCAGAAGACGGUCUACAUCAUCGUUGCGUGUCAAUUCGUCACCGCGACGGCGUAGCGCCACGGAAUCAGCCUCAACAGCGUCAACGCCACAACUUCAACUGCCUCGCCUCAAGCUAGCCUUUAAAUAAUUGUGUUGCUGCCAAGGCGUCCAAGGAAGCUUGAUUCCCUCGCUCGUUUUAC